AUGACCUAUCCAUCUCGCACAAAGAAAUCCUCUACCCCUCCGUCCUCAGAGACGGCGGUUCAUCUGUUAUCCGCUUACGAACAACAUAUUUUAAAGACUGUCAAGCGACGAGCUUGGUAUCUCGAUAAAGGCUGUCAAUGUUGCUGUAUCUCUGUAGGAUUAGACGGGAUCAUUGGCUUGGUGCCUGUGGUGGGAGACGCUAUUACCGCUCUGUUAGCCCUUCAUCUCAUUCGAGUCGCUGCUCGAGUGAGUCUACCUAAUCACCUCAUUCUGCGCAUGGUACUGAAUGUACUUGUUGAUUUCAUGAUAGGAUGUGUUCCGAUCCUGGGUGAUAUUUUAGACUUUGCCUUUAAAUGCAAUUGGCGCAACGCACAAUUAUUGGAGGAUUACCUGAUGACACGGCAACAGCACGAACCGCCUACAUACAAUACUGCGUACAGAAUUCCCGGUCCUUGUCCAGAGCCGAUCAUCGCGAAACCCAAGCAAGUCAAAGACACUUGCCACAUUUUACCAUUUCAAGUCCCCACCUUGCCGUCAGAAAGUAUCUCCUCAAACGCGCCACAUACCUCCACCAUCAACAUGGAUCCUCCUUCCUUCAAACCGACACACACACCUCGAAAAACCCAUGUACGAGAGUACGGUACUUUCAUUUCUUGGAUAGAUUGA